AUGGAUUAUUGUCAGAUUCAAGAAGAAAAAGUAUUGGACGAUGAUAUUUGCGAGCCCAGACGAGUCAGAUCGAAUCAGAAUGUCAAUGAUAUUAAUUCUGUCGACGAUGAAACGUUGCAUCACGAUUAUAACAACCAUCACCAUCAGCACCAUCAUCAUCACCAUCACCACCAUCGCCAGCAUCAUCAUCAACGUGAUACCGAGGACGGUGAUAAUAGACGAGUUGUUGUUAAAUCACCGAGUAAUCAUCUGGAGACGAUGGAAUAUGCAUCAGAUUCUAGCAGUGAAAGUUAUCGAGAAUAUAAUCGUACUCAACCUACGGAUAGGAUAAAUGUGUCACCGGUCAAUGGGAAUUCUAGUGCAUUCACCAUAGACAAUAUAUUAGGCACGAGAAACAAUAAUAAUAAUAAAAGGGACGAGGAAAGAAAUUUGAAUAAAAUUUGUUACAUAGACAAGGAGGACGAACAGGAUAACGAUAAGGAUGAGAAAAUCAUCGAAGGACAAUUUGUCAGACCAACAGCCAUACCUGCUACACAUUCAAACGUUAGUGGUAUGUUGUACGCGCACACGGCUAUACCUUACACCGAUGGAACCCUUUCGGAUCCUUCGAGUUACACGACAACUUCAUUGGCAUCGGCAUCCCUCUUAUACAGCAGUUGGUUCGCACAAUCUAAACCUGCUCAACUUUUUGGUCUUCAAGCACCAAAACCGAAUGGCAGGCGUUCGAGAAAACCGGGAAUCGAUAGAAAACCAAGACAAGCUUAUAGCGCUAAACAAUUGGAAAGACUCGAAGCGGAAUUCAAGAUCGACAAAUACCUAAGCGUGAGCAAACGAAUGGAAUUGUCUAAAUCAUUGAAUCUGACCGAAGUACAAAUAAAAACUUGGUUUCAAAAUCGACGUACCAAAUGGAAGAAACAAUUGACGUCUCGACUGAAGAUAGCACAGAGACAAGGAUUAUUUCCACCGACUUAUUUUCCAACAAACCAGUACCCUUUGUUACCCUACUACGCUGCACCCUUAAUGUUUGCGAACCCUUCGUUAGAUGAUACUAACAGCAACGUUACGACGAUACAACAGCGUCCUGUAUUACCGUCGUCUGAUACUGUCUGA